AUGGCUUCCGCAACGACCUUCUUCGACUUCACUCCCAAGGACAAAACCAACCAAGACUACCCGCUCGCGCAACACAAGGGUAAAGUGGUGUUGGCGGUCAAUACGGCCUCCAAGUGUGGCUUCACACCGCAGUUCAAGGGCCUCGAGGAGCUGUGGAAGAAGAUCUCAGAGAAAUAUCCCGACCAGUUCGUUAUCAUUGGGUUUCCAUGCAACCAAUUUGGCGGGCAGGACCCGGGGUCCAACGACCAGAUCCAGGAGUUCUGCCAGCUCAACUACGGCGUCACUUUCCCCGUGCUGGGUAAGACUGACGUCAACGGUGACAAGGCCGAGCCUGUCUGGGAGUGGAUGAAGUCCGAGAAACCCGGUCUCCUCGGCCUCAAGCGUGUCAAGUGGAACUUUGAAAAGUUCCUCAUCGGCCGCGACGGGAAAGUCGUCCAUCGGUGGGGUUCCAUCACCAAACCCGAGACUAUUGAGAAGGAGAUCAUUGCGGAGAUUGAGAAGGGGAAUAAGUCCUGA